CAAUGCUCCACGCUGCUCUAAGAUGAGGGUAUGGAAAGAGGUCAUCGCCUUCAUCCUGUUUGGUGCCUCGUUUUUCCUCCUGCUUAUGAGAACCACGUUACAUGUCGGGCCACGUUACCCAACGGCCUUAAAGAUUUCUUCAGGCUAUUCCUCACAUCCACCAGCCUCAGCACUUGAAUCCCCACCAUCAUCAUCCUCAUCUUCAGGAUCAUCAACCUCAGAGAGGAAGCCAGCGCCGCGACGAGCGGUCCGAGCCACGGAGGACAUGGGCACCUUUCUCUCCGAGUUCUCGUACCUCUUCCAAAGCUUCACCGAGGGCGAGUUGAAGAAGGUGAUUGCGACUCUGGUGGACCGAAAGGAAAGGAGGAUGAGAACCGAGACGGGACGGAGAACCAAACGAGCACGGAAAGGCCCAAAACCGUGCUCUCUGCAUGAGGUCGAGCUCACGGUGAGCGAGCUUGGGCUCGGGUACGAAAGCGACGAGACAGUGCGCUUCAGAUACUGCAGUGGGAAGUGCAUCCAUGAGAGACGCAACUAUGACUUUGUAAUGGAGCACAUGCAGUUAAAUAACGGCUCCAGUGAAAAAGGCCGGCGUGGACGGGAAAACGGGAAAAAAGACAAGGCGCGCUACACUCCUUGUUGUCGGCCUACGAGGUUCGAGAAGAAAAUGUCUUUCUUUGACAACAAGGACAGAUUCUACACAAUCCAGAACGUGUCUGCGAGAGCGUGCGGUUGCGUAUGACAUUCGGGGAGCUGUGGAAACUUCAGGGAGUGUGUCUAUACGUUUCCCUUAGAAAUACCCAAAAAUGAUUCAGAACUCCAUAGGAGCUUUGGAAAGGGCGACCGUGUGACACGCUAUCCGAGAACGAGAAACAAAAAGAUGCC